AUGGAUAGCAGAUCUAGCGAAGAGGUAUUUGGCAGGAGAUUAUUACGAGAAGUUGAUGAGAGCGAAGAGAGUUUGGAAUCGCUUCUAACCACUGUUACAAAUACAUUGAAUCCCCGUCCGUCGAGAACUCAUAUACAUUCUCUAGAUGAACUGUGGUCUAAUUCGUAUCAAAACCAACCGAGACUGUCUGUUUCGGGGAGACAGUUACCGCUGCUAAUUCAUAUAUUAACCGCACUUCUGAGAAAUGAGGAUGGAAAGGUAGGAAAGUGCGUUGUGUUGAUUGAUGUGCACUCAAGAUUCUCUCCUUCGUUUCUAGUAUUUCAAGAUGAUGGAGAAGAAGAUGAGGGACUUGAAGCAGGACUGAAGGAGAAUGGAUUGAGGAGGUCGGAUCUUAAACAUCUUCAUAUCUUUAGACCUUCAGCUCAGAAUCUGGAAAGUACGUUGAAGGGGGUGGAGGAAUAUAUGUUGUAUGGGAAUCAUGACAGUUAUGGGAGGGAAUUUGGAGGGACGAUACUUUUUGGGGUUGAGGGGAGAGAGGGUGUGGAUAUGGGGAGUUUGAGGGGGAUGGGGAGGCCGGAGGUGGUGAUGGGGUGGAGAGGGUGGUUGAGGGUGGAGAGGGAAGAGGUUGGGGCGUUUGGGAUGGGGGCUAGUGUGGAGGAGAUGUUGGAGGAGAGGGAGAGGAGGGAGGAGGUUGCUAGGGGGAAGGGAUGGAGAGGGAUGGGGGAGAAGGGUGGGGAGGUUGUGUGGAAGUUGGGAUAG